GUUUCCUGUUAAGGGGGGUCAGAGAUAGAUCCACACCCCUGGGUGUGGAACCAUAGAGUACAGAGAAGAGUACAGGCCAAGUUCCAAUCAACCCAACUGGUGGAUCUAGGUAGGUCCAGCCCAGGCUCCAGGCUAUGUCUCCCUGGCUGUGGGACAGCUAUUCCAUACUGAGUUGAGAGGGACCUGCCUGGCUGGGGACUACAGGAACAAACAUGGGGCUGGGACAAUCCAACAAGGCUUCCGUCACCGAUGACACAGAGGAGGUCAAUUUUGACCACUUCCAGAUCCUAAGGGCUAUCGGCAAAGGAAGUUUCGGGAAGGUGUGCAUUGUGCAGAAGAAGGACACAAAGAAAAUGUAUGCCAUGAAGUAUAUGAACAAACUGAAGUGUGUGGAACGGAACGAGGUCCGCAAUGUUUUCAAGGAGAUGCAGAUCAUGCGGAACCUCGAGCAUCCUUUCCUUGUCAACUUCUGGUACUCGUUCCAAGAUGAGGAGGACAUGUUCAUGGUAGUGGAUCUGUUGCUUGGAGGAGACCUGCGCUACCACCUCCAGCAGAACGUUCACUUCUCAGAGAGCACUGUCAAGCUGUACGUCUGUGAGAACGCCCUGGCGCUGGGCUACCUCCGCAGCAAACGCAUCAUCCACAGAGACAUCAAACCUGACAACAUUCUGUUGGACGAACACGGACAUUGUCACCUGACGGACUUCAACAUCGCUGCCAUCGUCAAAGACGAUCUAAGAGCCACGUCUAUCGCAGGGACCAAACCAUACAUGGCCCCCGAGCUGUUCCAGCCACACGAGGGAAUACACCCUGGCUACUCCUUCUCUGUGGACUGGUGGUCUCUGGGCGUCACUGCCUACGAGCUUCUUCGAGGACAGAGGCCGUACGUCAUGCGCUCCAGCACGCCGGCCAAUGAGAUCCUCCAGAUGUUCCACAAGGUCAACCCCAGCUACCCCAUAGCCUGGUCUGUGGAGAUGAAGACCAUGCUCAGAAAGUUGCUGUGUAUUGACGUGCACCAGCGUGUGUCCUGCCUGGCUGAGCUGCAGGAUCUAGACCUGCUGUCUGAUGUCAACUGGGACGCUGUGCUCAGCAAACAGCUGCCCCCUGGCUUCAUCCCCAACAGGCGGAGGCUCAACUGCGACCCCACCUUUGAGCUGGAGGAGAUGAUCCUGGAGUCCAAACCGCUGCACAAGAAAAAGAAAAGACUAGCCAGGAAGACCAGAGAACAGGGCUCCAAUGGGUCCCCCCAGAACGGUCAGCUCCAGCAGCGCCUGAACAAUGUGGAGAGGGACUUCAUCAUCUUCAACAGAGAAAGGUCAAAGAAGGCUGUGGCAGACACAGAGGUAGCAGACCUCACCACGACAGAGAAGAACAAGGCUAUUGAAGACGGACAGAACAACAACGUGGACCCGGCAGCCUACAUAUCAGGAUAGCGGACUAUGGCUUGAGCCGUAAGUCGCCACGCUAACCUGGCCACAGCUUGUAGAUCACUACUAACCAAUCGUCCACUUCCCCUCUCCCCUGGCCGGCGCAGGGCACUCAGAUUGAACUUUAACCCUGACACAUUCCCCCAACAGCCAGCUAUUAUGCCCAGACCCCAGACUUCAGGAGCUCACAUAGACUGCUACUUUACAGAGUAGCUGACCUAGACAGACAGACAGACCCUGGUUCUUUUCAAUUUUCCUAUGAUGGGAAACGUGCCUCUCAGUGGGCAGCCCUCCUCACACUCUACCCUGACCUGACCUGCCUGAUGCGCUAUGGUCCCCCAGAGCUCUCCUCCCUCCACCAAGUUAGCCAGGCCCAGGAAAUGACUUAACUACAAACCCAGCAGGGAGCAGAGCCAGACAGGAUACAGCCACUAUGCCUGUUAUGCUGAGGCUAGACUCAGGCCAGGCAGGAAAUGAAGCAUAAUGUUGACAAGUAGGAGACUACGUCUUUAGUGAAAACAGUGCUGACUUGCUUUUGGAAGAGAGAGGGGUUGUGAGUAGCGUGACACAAAAUGAAUUAGGAUUAGAGUAUGCGACAUGAGGCCUUUGUUUUCAAGACUCCAACCACAGAUUCCUCUUCGAAGACAAAGAGAGCCACUGUAGGCUUAAGCGCUAACUGCUGAACGUAAUAUGUCUCUGUGACAUUAGGCAUCAAUGUUGACCAAAUUGACUGGUGCUCGACUUGGAUAUUUUGUACAUAAAUCUUCAUUGAUGAAUAGAUAGGUAUUGUCUGUUCCGCGCACAAACAUGAUUUGCGUACGCUUCUCCAUUAGUCGUAGCAUUUAUGCACAGAGGUCAAAGAGGAGUAGAUGAAUCCUCAUUCUCUUCUGGUUUUUAGAGGGGUGCCAGUAGAGAAGAGUGGGGGAACUUGACCCAUUUGUUACAUUCAGUGUCAAGUCUGCCAAGGGAAACAUAGUAUUCUUUCCAAUAAAGAUAUCUACACAUAUGUCAGGAUGUUGUGAAUCGCUGCAAAUAAUCCAAAUUCAUGUCAAACUUUUGAAAACGUAUCUUGUUAUAAAAAAAAGUGGUCUCUUGGCACAACUUACCCCGGGGAAUGGGGGGGAAAGGACAGGUUCAGCAAGUUAAGCCGCCUACACAUUUCUGUGCUGAAUGAAAUAAUACCACUACCUUUUUAAAGACCAUGUCUAUCUUUAUUUCAAAAACACAAUCCAUCACAAUAACUUUUUUGUAUUUGAAUCAUUUUAAGGAUCUUUUAACACAGGUUUAACACCUAACAAAAACGUUGUACUUUUAACUUUUAACAUAGGCCAGGCCUUGUUGUUACCUCAUAUCCCAGUGAUAAUACCUUGCAUUAUGCCUUGGGGAAAAACACACUUCAAUUUGAUCGACUUACCCGAUGGCCAUUGGCUCAACUUACUCCAAGUCAAACAUUUUGACUAUAUUAUCCCACACAGCUUCAAGAAUGCACUUUCAUGCUUGGUUUAGGACAUCAUUAUUGAAGCUUAUGGAGACCCCAACUCAUGUAUAGAAACAUCUUUAAAUGAUCUACUUUGGUUUAUUUGUUCGUUUAUUUGGACAUAACUUGCUUACCACUUUUUUCCAUGUGGUUUCUUCCUUCACAGACUCCAUGAAACGAUGACUUCUUCCUAAAUAUUUGGCCAAAUGAUACAUUUUGUGCAUGGUUUCCUAGAAACAAGGGUGGCUCAACUUUCCCCACUCUCCCCCAUGUGCCUUCUAACUUGUAUAUAGCACAUACUGGGUUUCCCCGUGUAGAGAAUGACCAUCACACAGUCAGUUUGUUACACUGUAAAUCACCGUCCUCUAGUCUAAUACGUGUUUUGGAAAAUAGCUUUGCCAUUAUUUUGACCCGAUCUGAAAUACAAUUCAAAACUUAUCCAAGUCUUUUCCUGUCCUUAGUUAUCAGAUCUACUACUGGGACCUUUCUAACAACCCUUAUUGGUACAGAUAUUCAAACUAGCAUUAGGUUUUCCAGAAAUGUAUGUAAUUCAAUUGCACAAUGAAAGCAGAGUUGUGAAAGGAGUAUUGCAUUUUGUUUGUCAUUUGUUGUCUGUUGUUUUGUUGUUUUGUUGUCAAGCAGCUGGUGCCUUAAUUUCGUACGUUUCUUUGGGACAUCGACCUUUACCACUGCUUUGUGCUUUUUAUUACAUCGCCAGAUUAAUGUGGCCUUUCGUGGAUUUGGCAACAGUUGGAGGCAUUGGUUAAAAAGACCGACAAAACAUAGUUGUGAAAGAGAAAAGAGUUGUAUUAGGCUCCUCCUGUGCAAACUGCCUUGGCGUAUACCACAUAGGCACUUAGAGUAGAGCCUGUAUAUCUUUCAGUCCUAUUACCUGCAGCUGUGCCUCUCUAUAUGGUUUCUUAAAGGUCCAGUGCAGUCAAAAACACGAUUUCCCUGUGUUUUCUGUAUAUACUUCCACACUACGAGGUUGGAAUAAUACUGUGAAAUUGUGAUAAUUAUGAUACGUCCCUUUUAGUGUUAAGAGCGGUUUGAAAAGACCGCCUGAAAUGUCAUCCUUUUUUGGUGGGAUGGAGUUUUAGCCUUCCAUGGUGACAUCACCAUGUGGUAAAUUAGUUAAUAGACCAGUAAGAAAGAUUGUUCCCAAACCUCUCUGGCAAUAAUAGGUCAUUUUCAGUUUCCCCCUCUCCAUUCAGAACACUCCAAGACAGUCCUAGCUAUAAUUCUUGCAUGAGAAAUUGAACUAUUUGAAAUGAAAACAAUCACAGUAAGAUACUUAAUUGUUACCCAAAAAUCCUGUAGUUGUAGGCCUGUCUGGCUCUUCCUAGGGGGGAAGUCAAAAGCAUAUCAAUCACACUGCUGACUCUGAGUGGGAAUCACCAUCUCCUGGAACACCCUCCUGACAUCAGAGAGAGAGAGAGAGAGAGAGAGAGAGAGAGAGAAGUUUGAUACCUGCGUGCCCUCCAGAGAGAGAUGAUAGAAGGAGACUUUCUGUACAUAACCUGCAAAAAAAUUAGGGUUAGAGAAGCGGGUUCGAAUCCCGUUGCCGACGGGGGAGAAUCUGGCAGGCGUGAGCUGGUAACCGGAGGGUUGCUGUCAUCAAUAUUACAGGUGCCAUAUACUGCCAGCUCAACCCCCUAAAUCUGCUCAUUGGAUGCUGCCCUCUGCUCCAGCCUCUCCAACCUAAUGUGUGUUUGUGUGUAUCUCUGUGUGUGUAUAUUGAAGGGGUUGGGUUAAUGCAGAAGACACAUUUCCGUUAACUAAUAAAGUAUAUCUUAAAACAACGUGAUGAGUUAGCCAGAGAAAUACCUCAGAGGGUUGCUAGACCUGUUUUUGAUAAUGUGUGGUGUUGGUUUUCUGAUUAGCAGCAACAGGAGACUACAGGGAAUACUAUAUAAUUAAUGAUGGCAGAUAAAUAGACAAAUCCAUUACAAAUUGGUUUCAAACAAGCCUUUCCUCCAUCUCCAUGCUUCGUGUGUGGUUGAUUUUCUAUGAUAAACUACAAUGGAACACUGCCACCUAGUGUUUGUUAGUGGUAGUGCUCCUGUGUACUUAAAGGCCCAGUGCAGUCAAAAUGGGAUUAAUCUGUGUUUUAUAACACUAUGAGGUUGGAAUAAUACUGUGAAAUUGUGAAAAUUAUGAUAAUGCACUUUUAGUGUAAACGCUGUUUGAAAAGACUGCCUGAAAUGUCAGUCUGUUUUGGUGGGAUGGAGUUGUGGCCUUCCAUGGUGACAUCACCAUGCGGUAAAUGAGAAAGAGAGUUACAAACCUCCCUACCAAUAACAGCAAAUGUUCAGUUUUCCCCUCCCCAAACAGACCAAAUACAAUGUCUACAAAUAUCCUUUCACGUUUAUUUAUUUCUGUCUGUGCUAAUCCAGUAAUGUAUUUAAAAUAAAGUUGAGGAUUAAAAUGGA